GCCACACACAACAGUUUCUUGUCGACACAUUAUCAUUCGUCAUGUCAUUGCACAAGACCCAUCAAGAAACACAGCAACGUGUCCCUACUUAUCACGACCCUUGGGCACGUCGUGAAGCAUGGAGAAAGAAUCCUAUCUUCUCCAACCGCGCUAUGGUUCGCAACAUGUUCCCUGGUCUUGGAAUCGCAACUGUCGCAUUCACCAUCUAUUGCGGAUAUGAUUGGGCAUUUGGCAAGAAGGAGCACCAUUAGAUUAUCAAGUUUCGAUCGAAUCUCCCGGCAAAAUUGGGCAGCGAUCAAUCAAAUA